AGUCGCUUACGAUUCUUCUUCUUCCUUUUUGGCUCUCCUUCAACCAGAUCGAACGCGUCCAUCAUCUCCCUGUCUCCUCAGCUCUUCCGCCGCUGGCCUUCUCCGUCGUCCCCAGCAUCCUUCCUCCGCCGCCACUCUCUCAUUCCUUGACACGCACCAUUAUUUGUUUAUUUGUUCAGACUGGAAGUUCAGAAACUGCUGCUGUCUUGGAGUAUCAGCUAAGAAAUUAGCCCAUCUCCUUGAAUAGAAUAAAGAAAGAAGGCAAGAAAAGAGGAAUUUACAAAACAAACAACAGUGAAUCUUCACAGAGAGACUAGUGAUGAUGUUAAGUUUGAAGAAACUAACUUCAGCAGCAGCAGCACCUGCAAUUCUUCAUCAUUCAAGGCGUCUUGUCAGACCAAAUUUUAUCACUAAUGAUAAGCUGGUGGGUUCUUUCAUCCCUUCAAAAAAUCCAUCUCAGUGGACCUCCAACCGCUUCCUUGAUAUCUACCAGCUUGCAAACAAGGCUGCAAUUGAGAAGGAACGUGCUAGGAUUUCAGAUGAAAUGAGUCGGGGCUAUUUUGCUGAUUUUGGAGAGAUGAAGAAACAUGGUGGCAAGAUUGCAAUGGCAAAUAAGAUUAUAAUUCCGGCAAUGGCAGCUACUAAGUUUCCUGCAUUGGAAGUGAACUUUUCUGAUGGUUCAAGUCUUAAGCUGCCCAUUACAUCCAGUGGAAAUGGCUCUAGUGCUGACAAAUUGGAUGUUCCUAAAGCGUCAUUGCUCUGUCUUUCGUUCCGCGGAAGCUCACAGGCAAUGAUUAAUUCUUGGAGCAAGCCAUUCCUUGAUGAGUUCUGCAGCUCCAAAGAAACUCAGUUAUUUGAGGUUUCCUUGAUAGAGUCGUGGCUACUAAGGCGUAAUCCAAUAAAGAAGCUGCUUCUGCGAAUAAUGAAGAAACCUAGCCCUGAUGAUAAGAAGAAUGUACUGCAGAGACAAAUCGUAUAUUCUUUCGGCGACCAUUACUAUUUUAGAAAAGAGCUCAACAUAUUGAACCUUCUAACCGGUUAUGUGUUCUUGCUCGACAAGUUUGGUAGAAUACGGUGGCAAGGUUUUGGAUCUGCAACUCCAGAAGAGGUGUCUUCACUGUUGGCCUGCACUGCACUUUUGCUUGAAGAGGCAUGACAUUAACAGGAAAUAAGAUGCCCAAUGUCAAUAUUUACUGGCAUGAGGUGAAGAAUGGAUCCUAACUUACUAGUUUCUCAUUGCUUGUGACGACUGCAUUUUGGCUAAUGAAAUUGACAAGGAACUAUCAACUCAAGCAGCUAUGAAAUGCAAUGCAAUCGAAAGCCUGGAAAGUUUACCUGAAAGACAAGAAGUGACUGUGCAAUUGAUCUUUUGACAAAGAAUCCUAGCAUAGAUGAAACCGUUCAUUACUUUGCUGCAGGUAUAAACUGUAAAGCAAAUAGACAGGGAGUGGGAUAGUAAAAUGGGACAGAAAUCUGUUGUGGUCGGCGCAGGCAAAUCUUUCAUUUUGGAAAAGCAUUUUACUGUUUGAAGAAAGCUAAUGAAACAAA